GGCGGCGGACGGCAGGAAACCCAAAUUUCAUUUAAAUAUCAAGACACUGACAGAUGAUGUGUUGGAUAGGUUUGCUAGUAUAAGGAUUCCGGGAAGCAAGAAGGAGAGACCUCCCCUGCCGAACAUGAAACAAUCUUACUCUACCGACUGGUCAUCAACGUCACCCUCGGACGUGGAGGAUUUUGUGCCCAAACCUCUGUCAGAAAGAGAAAUCAUAGCACUGUUUGAGAAAAUGAUGGAGGAUAUGAAUUUAAAUGAAGACAAGAAGGCACCACUGAGAGAAAAGGAUUUUAACACCAAAAAAGAAAUGGUGAUGCAAUAUAUUAGCACUGCUUCAAAGUCUGGAAGCCUCAAGAAAAGUAGGAAGAUUUCACCACAAGAAUUUAUGCAGGAAUUAAAAUCUGGAUCAACAGAUGAAAGACUAGUCACUUGCUUAGAAUCCCUACGCGUGUCCUUGACUAGUAAUCCUGUCAGCUGGGUUGAAAACUUUGGCCGGGAAGGUCUGGGGCUGUUGCUGGAUGUUUUGGAAAGACUAGUUGAGACAAAACACCAGGACAAAAUUGUGAAGAGGAGUCAGCAUAAGGUGAUACAGUGUUUGAGAGCCUUCAUGAAUAAUAAGUAUGGAUUGGAAAGAAUUCUGGGAGAAGAGAGGAGCCUUUUGUUGCUGACCAAAGCGAUCGAUCCCAGGCAAACAAACAUGAUGACGGAUAUAGUUAAACUUCUUUCUGCAAUAUGCAUUGUUGGAGAAGAAAGCACCCUUGAAAAAAUUUUGGAAGCUGUAACAGCAGCAGCGGAAGAAAGAAAUGUUGACCGAUUCUCUCCUAUUGUAGAAGGUCUCCAGGAUAACUCAGUUCAGUUGCAAGUAGCUUGUAUGCAGCUCAUCAAUGCUCUUGUUACAUCUCCAGAUGAUUUGGAUUUUAGGCUUCACAUCAGAAACGAAUUCAUGCGCAGUGGAUUGAAAGAGAUCUUGCCAAAAUUGAAAUGUAUAAAGAAUGAAGCUCUGGAUAUUCAGCUGAAAGUCUUCAAUGAGCAUAAGGAAGAGGACAUGAUUGAGUUCUCCCAUCGUUUAGAAGAUAUUAGAUCUGAACUAGAUGAAGUAAAUGAUGUUUACAACAUGGUGUGGAAUACAGUUAAGGACACUAGUGCGGAAGGAUAUUUUCUUUCUAUUCUCCAACAUCUUUUGCUGAUAAGAAAUGAUUAUUUUGUACGUCCACAGUAUUUCAAGUUAAUUGAAGAGUGUGUGUCCCAGAUAGUGUUGCAUCGAAGUGGAACAGACCCAGAUUUCACAUAUCGUAAAAGAUUAGAUAUAAAUUUCAGUCACUUAGUAGAUAUUUGUGUAGAUAAAGCAAGAUUAGAAGAAUGUGAAGAGAGGGCUUCAGAACUUUCCAGAAAAUUUGAAAAAGAUUUUAUAGUUCACCAGGAGACCCAGGCUCUACUACAAAAAAAAGAAGAUCGGAUCAGUGAGCUUGAAGCAGAAUUACAGGCUUUUAAAUCACAGUAUGGCUCCUUGCCACCUGGAUUUCUGUUGUCGCCACGUGGAGACGCAUCUGUCGCUGCCCUGGAAGCUGCAGGACCGCAUCAGUUGCCUCCGCCUCCUCCGCCGCUGCCUUCUAAUGGAGCAAUCCCACCACCACCACCUCCCCCUCCUCUUCCACCAGCUCUGAAUGGUGUGGGAAUUCCUCUACCUUUUGGGGCUCCUCCACCACCACCACCUCCACCAGGCCUGCCUGGAGCACAGUCGUCUCCACCUCCCCACACUUUGCCAUUUGGUCUGAAGCCUAAAAAAGAAUUCAGGCCCGAAAUUACUAUGAAAAGAUUCAACUGGUCUAAGAUCAGACCUCAGGAAAUGACAGAAUCCUGUUUUUGGGUUAAGGCAGAAGAGGACAAAUAUGAGAAUGCUGACAUGCUUUGCAAAUUGGAGCAUACGUUUUGUUGUCAAAAGAAGGGUAAGCAAAUGGUUGCUUUAAUUUUCUUCCUUUAA